UAUGCAAAGUAAUUGUUUUAUGACCAUGUAAAUGAAGUUCCCUGUUAAAACCUACAUUCUUACUAUCCGAGAUUCUGAGUUACGGAGUAGUAGGAGUGUAGGACUGUAAGAGUCUUAGAAAGAAGAAGUUGAGAAAGAAAGAAAAUUUGAGAAAAUAUUGGAAGCACUGAACUCUUUCAUUAGACUCCCAAAACACAAAAAGGAAAAAAUGAGAAAGAACCCUAGAAAACCGAAAACCCAGAAAAUAGUGGAGGAGAAAGUGACCAGUGAUUCUGAAACUAGCGAAAAUUCGAAUUCAGAUGACCCGAAAAUCCCAGAAAACAAAGCGACAGAGUAUGAGAAACAAAGAGAAUUGAGAAUUGCUCAAAAUAAGGCCAGAAUUGAGGAUUUGGGUUUGCGUAAUAUUGCGAAUUCUUUGAUGAAUUUAUCCCAAAAGGGAGGAAAGAGAAAAUCAAACCUAAAUUCCAAAAGGGUUUCCAAAAAUGGCAAAGAUGAUGAUGAAUAUCAGCCUAUUGAUGAAGAAGACCCAAAAGAUGAUAGUAGUGAUUCUAGUUUGGAUAGCUUCAGUGAAGAAUUUGAGGAGCAAGAAAAGAAGAAAAAGAAGAAGCAGAAGAAGAAGGUAAGCAAUAGAAAGUCGAGGUCUCGUAAGCAAAAAUCUUCGCAGAAGCAGUUAGACACCACAGAUCUUAUGGAUGAAGAUGAAGUUUUAAAGCAGGCUAUAGCUCUUUCUCUAAAAGAUGUUGGAGAAACCUCAGACAUGCAGCAUGCUGGAUUAUCUCUAAGCCCAAGCAAUCAAGCAGUUAACGCUAAUGAAAAGAGCUAUGAUAACUCCCGGGAAGAUAAUUCGAGGAGGAAAAAAAGACCAUUCAAGAAUCGUGUGCAAAUGACUGAGGAUGACCUGGUUAUAAACUUCUGCCAAUUCGAUGAGACUGGGAAGGGGAGCAUAACGUUAAGAGACUUGCAACGGAUGGCUGCUUCUCAUGAUUUUACCUGGACCGAUAAGGAGUUAGUUGAUAUGAUUCGCUGUUUUGACAGUGAUAAAGAUGGAAAGCUAACUUUGGAUGACUUUCGGAACAUUAUUCUGCAGUGCAACAUGUUACACGUGCCAGAAAAUCCUUGAAAGGGUUUGAAGGAUUAUUUCGAGCCUCCUGACAGCAAUGAUCAGUAUUGAUUGAAUGCACUGAAGAUGCUUUGGUAGCAAACAAUGGAGUAAUAGCUAAGAAAGAUGAUACAGUACAUGCUUUAAUUCUUUGGUAGCAAAUGAUGUACUGGCAAAGAAAUGCACAACUUGAUGACAGAGUUAAUCCUUGUUUAAUUACCAUUUACUUUACAACUAGAUGUAUGAUAAUAAGACACAAAUGCAAAACCUAUUGAAAGAUCA